GAAAUGUAGUCUGGGCUGGAAGGGGCGCAGCAGCUGGAGUGAGAGAACGUUAUUUCCAAUCCCAGCCUUGCCACCACUUAGCUGGGUGGCCUCCAACAAGUCCUUCUGCUUCUUUGGGCUUCACUCUUCUCCUCUGUAAAACGAAGGGGUUGGACUAGAUGGCUUCUGAUGGCCUUCCACCGUGGCCCCGUCGGUAUCAGAAAGGGCCGAAAACCGGAAGUGAGGGCCGCCGGAAAGCAGAGAUAGAAGCAGGAAGUAGUAAGGGCCGCCGGGAGGUGUAGUCGGGGUAGGUUAGAAGAGGCUGCAACAAGCAUGGCGGGACUGGAGCUGCUGUCGGAUCAGGGUUACCGCGUGGACGGGCGGCGGGCUGGAGAGCUGCGCAAGAUCCAAGCACGGAUGGGCGUCUUCGCGCAAGCCGAUGGUUCGGCCUACAUCGAACAAGGCAACACUAAGGCGCUGGCCGUGGUCUACGGACCCCACGAGAUGCGGGGCUCUCGAUCAAGAGCAUUGCCAGACCGAGCACUGGUUAACUGCCAGUAUAGCAUGGCCACCUUCAGCACUGGGGAACGAAAACGACGGCCACAUGGGGACCGAAAGGCCUGCGAAAUGGGACUCCAGCUGAGGCAGACCUUCGAGGCCGCCAUCCUGACCCAGCUCUACCCUCGCUCCCAAAUCGACAUCUAUGUCCAGGUGCUACAGGCAGAUGGUGGUAAUUAUGCAGCUUGUGUGAAUGCAGCCACAUUAGCCGUGUUGGACGCAGGGAUCCCGAUGAGAGAUUUUGUGUGUGCCUGUUCGGCCGGCUUCGUGGAUGGCACAGCCCUGGCUGACCUGAGCCACGUGGAAGAGGCAGCAGGUGGACCGCAGGUGGCUCUGGCCCUGCUCCCUGCUUCCGGCCAGCUUGCCCUGCUAGAGAUGGAUGCCCGGCUCCAUGAAGACCACCUGCAGCAGGUACUAGAAGUGGCUUCCCAGGCUGCCCGAGAUGUUCAUGCCUUAUUGGACCGAGUGGUCAGGCAGCAUGUCCGAGAGGCUGCCCUGCUCCUCGGAGACUGACCCUGACCCUGCAAUAAAGUCUUUCCGUCGUUCCCUAUGAGGCCAAUAGCUCCGUUGCCUUCACUCUGCAUUUCUGUCAUCACAAGAUCCUUUCCUCCACAGGGUCAACAGUCCUUCCUCCCUUCAGGGAUGGUUGUUUGAGACCCAAUAGGACAGAUAGGCUCCACACAUGGGAAGCCCCCUAGGGGUAGCAGUGCUUAUUAGAGCCAUGUUUGAGAUAUAUGCAUGGCCUUUCAAUUUAAUAAGUGUAGGAAGGUUUAUAGGGGUCAAUGAAGCUUAAAAAGUGUCACCCCUUAGCCUACCACUUGACUUGUUGCUGUAUUUAAUUUGAUCACACCCAGUGCUAAAGCAAUCCAGGAGCAUGAGUGAAUAAUUUCUUACUAAUUCAUAAAAUGUAUAUCUCAUUAAUUAGCUCUUGUUCCUACCCAGUUCAUUGAAUGUUAAUUACUCAUUGAACUGGAGAAACCUUCUUUCCCAGUAGUAAUUAUUCAUUUUUCUAUAUACUGAACAAGUAUUAAAAUUACUGAAUUCACAUAAGUCUUUAACUAAAACAACAACUAAUAGAAACAUUUACAGUAUUUCGGCUCUAGGAAGAUUCAUAGCCAGGAUCACCUCAAACCCUCUAUAUAAAAGUAAAUGACUCAUUCAGUUCCAGAAAUAUAGUGUCAACAUUCAGUUCACUCUAGAUACUGGAAGAAUUUUCUUCCUAUUUCUCUUCAAAAUAAGAGCUAGAUUCAUUCAUUCUCUCAGGAAAUAAGCUAGAAUCAUCCUUUUUCUUUGCCUUCUAUUCAGUAAUCUUUCUAGACUACACUGUGUUUGCUUGCUUCUUCGUGAUUCUUUACAGAGUUCUCUGUUUCUUUAGAACACAAAGUUUAAAAUAUUCUAACAAGAAAGAAAUUUCUCUUCAUAUUCUUCCUCUUUGACUUCUCCACAGAUUUCUUUAUAGAGCAAAGAUAAGAUAUAUUUCCUGACUCUGUUAGGAGAAGCACCUCACAGAAAGAUGUUUUUCAACAGAUCUACCAUCUGCUAGCACAAACUGAUUUUUCUCAAUAUUCCUUUUGGCCUUUAAAGAUAUAGUAACACUGUAGACGCUGAGGGAGAAACAAGUGAAAAUGGGUGUUAAGUAUUAAUUAAUGUAUUUACUAUAUGCUCAGAACAGGGCAUAUAAAGAUGAAAAUCAGUGCAAUCCCUACCUUUAGAGAGCUUAUGGUCUAAUGGGGGGAGGGGGGAAUAUGACACAUACACAAAUAAGUAUGAUAUAAGUGCUAAGAGAAGUAUAAGGGAAAAAUGUAUACAAGGGCCUUUGAGAAACUUGAGAUUUUCAGCCAAGAGGGCUUCCUGAAUAAUGGCAAACCACUUACUUCCCACAUACCUAGUCUAGCAAAAACCUGAAAUUCACAUAAGACUGAAUAAUGAUCAAGAAAUCCAGUGAAAAACUGCUGUAAGUGACUUCCCACCCGAGAACUACACAAACAGACAAAAACAGAAGCCUGUUGGCACUAGGAAAAGCCCCCUCUCACACAGGUGCACAAAAGCCCCAGCUUAGUAUAGCCUUCCACUCUCCCAGAGACAGUGAGAGAUAUAAUGCUCUCUGCCCAAAGGUAGGAAGAACAAAGUUCCCCUUCAUCUCUUUCCCCUUUCCCAAGAAAGGCCCAGGGAGUGAUAGUGACUACAGCAGCACAGCAGUGCUCAGAGCAGGACAGCACAGGCCUCCAAAGGCUCUGAGCCUGUAGCAUUCUUGUCCUGAGAUAAUCACGUAGGACCCUGAAGACCCAUUACUCUGAAAUUCGAAGAUCCAAGGAGGGCCCAGCCACAGAAGGUGGAGUUCAGUGGAGGAACCCAGGAGACCUAAAAUGAACCCAACACCACAAGGCAAACCAUUCCACCUCAUAGCAUGAGGCAGAACCCAUCCCUGGCACAGAGCUUCAAUUCAAGAACUAAAGCUGGAGAGACAAGUAAAUCAAAGAAAACACCAUCAAUACAAAAAAUUAUAGAUCAUGGGAUCCCAAAAAGGAACAAGUAACUUCAUAACCAGGGCAAGAAGGAUGUAAAUGAAAAUAUAUAUCCCACAAAGAUUAUAUAGAUACAUAAAAGAGAUAAAAAAUUAAAAGCUCUGGAGAAAAAAAAUUAGAAGAAUGAAUAGCUUAGAAGAAAAAGUGGUGAACUUUACCUAAAUAAUGGCAUUCCAGAAAACUAGAACAGAACAAAUAAAACAAUGAUUCCAUAUGACAGCAACAAAUAAUAGAACAAAAUCAAAAGAUUGAAAGAAUAAAAGGAAAUAUAAGAUCUAUCAAAAACAACUGACACAUGGGGAAAAGGUCAAGGAGAGAUGCAUGAAGAAUCAUUGGAUUCCCUGAAAACCAUGAUUUUUUUUUAAAAUCCCCACUAUAUUUCAAGAAAUCUUAAAUGAAAAAUGCCCAGAUCUGUUAGAAGAAGAGGGUAAAAUGAAGAUAGAAAGAUUCCACUGAUCACCUCCAGAAAGGAAUCCCAAAAGGAAAAGUCCCAGGAAUAUCAUAACCAAAAUCUAGAGCUUUUACAUCAAAGGAAAAAUAUAGCAAGCAUCCGUGAAAAAAGAGUUCAAGUAACAAGGAACCACAGUCAGGAUCACACAAGAUCUGGCAACUUUUUACUGAAAAUGAGAGGAGAUCUUGGAAGAUGAUACUCCAGAAAGCAAAAGAUAGGAGCUUAAAACCAAGGAUAAUUUGCUCUGCAAAACUGAGCAUAAUCAUAGGGGGUGAAGGGAGUGGGGAGGGGAAUGGGAAGUGGACCACUGAUGAAAUAGAGUACUUUCAAGAAUCUUUGAGAAAAACCCCAGAGCUGAGAAGGAAUUCUGAAAUACAAAAGUCCAAGAAAACCUAGGAAGGUAAAUUUAUGUGAGCAAUUGGAAGAGGCUGUUUGAUGAUGUAGUGCUAACAUUCUAAUAAAGAAGAAACAAGAGCCCCUUCAGAACCUUUAUGUCUUUAAAGGAUUUUGAGGGGAUUUAAGGGAAAAAAAAUCCUGAGGGGUGGAUUGGUUCUGUUCUGUGAGUUUACAAAGGGGAAAGAAAAAGAAAGGUAAAAAGGAAUAUACUAAUAGAGAAAGGAGGAAUAAGGGAGUGGAAUUUGUUAUUUCUCCUAAUUGGGGUGAAUGAGAAGAAAGAAUAUACAAAGAGAAGGAGGGAAGGAGGAGCAAGCAUCAAAUAAACCUCACUUAUCUGAAGCAGACAAAACAGGAUUGAACACAUGUCCUGUACAUACAAUAUUUGGUGUACAAAUAUAUCAAACUCAACAGGGAAAAAAAUAAGGAUAGGGAGAAAUGCUUAAAAGGGAGGAUAAAGUCAUGGAGGGAAUAGCUAGCUGUGAGCAAAAAAAACUUCCAAUUCUUGAAAAGGGUGGGGGGAAGGAAACUAAAAGGGGAAAUAAAAGACAAAGAAGUAGACUCUUAAGGGGGUGCCUUAGAUUGCCUCUGGGGCAGUUGAGGCAUAGGUGAAAAAGUUUAUUUGAAUGUAAUGGAAUACAAUUGUACUGUGUAAUAUGAAAAGAGAAAAUUUCAGAGGUUCCUGGGUAGUAUGAAACUGAUGUGGAGGGAAGUGGAAAAAAAAAAACAAACAUAAAUUUAUUUUUAAAAAAAAAGCAACUGUAAAGAAAAAAAAA